GCGCGGCAUUCCCCGGUGUAGGCCCGCGCCCCGUUUUUCGGAGAAAUCCGGGCGGCGGGCGCGGAUGUUCCAGCGCCUCCGCGCGGCCUUUCUGGGGGAGGCGUCCCUCGGCAGCUCCUGGGGGCCUGGUGGCGGCGGUGGGGUUCGCCAUGGCAGGGGCGGAAUUUUCAGCACGCGCAUGCGGAAGCAAGAGCGCAUGACGCUUCGAGCGGUCCGCGACGAGCAGAACUUGCGCAAGAAGGGCAUCGCGCGCUUCAACAAGAGGUGGCGCUCCUGGGCGCAGAACCGGGUGCGGCAGUUCCGGCUGCCGCUGCCCGUGACCCUCACCUCCGACACGGCGCUCAUGGACGCCACUUACAUCACCAGAUGUGUGCAGAAGGCGGCGAGUUUGCGGAAGCACGACGUGAAGCUUUGGUUCGGCUACUCCCAGCGGCUGCUGGAGCUCAAGGAUCAGCUGACGCCUGAGCAGCUGGGCUACGUGCUGUGGGGCUACGGGAAGAGCAGCUUCGUGGACGCGAAGUUCUACCGGGAGAUGAUGCCGGAGAUCAAGGCCAAGCUGCCCGAGUUCCAGUCCCAUGGGCUCAUGUCCCUCAUGUGGUGCAUGAAGAGAUUGCGCUGGCAUGACGCCGAGCUCAAUCGCCUGGCUGCGCAGCAUGCGCUGCAGAUCAUCGAUUUUCUUCGGCCCUCGGAUUUCAUCAAGGUGGCCAACGCGUUGGCGCAGCUCGGCCUCAAGGAUGCUGGCCUCAAGGCUGCGCUCUGCCGGGUGGCGGUGGAGAAGCUUGAGGAGACGUUUGCUCAGCAGUUUCGAGACGCCGUGCAUCCGGUCACGAUCGGCUACCUUUGGGAUGAUGAGGUUACCUCCUACCUUCUGGAGCGCUUCCGGAAGAUCUUCAUUACUGCACGGCCCACGCAUCUCCUGAACGCGUACCAGUCUGCAGUCGUGUCUCGCAUUCUCAAGCCUCAGGUGUGGCCGAGACUGUCGAGCGACUCAAAGUCCUUCUACGUGAGACUUUCACAGAGGCACAUUGCAGACCGGGGGCGCAGACCCUCGCCUAUGCACCGGGAUGUGUCACGGCAUCUGGCUGACCUUGGAGAGGCGCACCGGAACUCCUUUCGUUGGGGGCCGCUGUACAUCGACAUCGGGCUGGAGCAGCUCGAGGCGGAUGAGAGACGGCGAUGUCUCAUGGUGGACAGCCCCUCCUCGUUUUUCUUUGGCAGCGACCAGUACCUUCCCAUGAAGCAGUUGCAGCACGCGACGUUGACCUCCCUUGGCUGGGACGUGCGCCGCUUGCGCUGGGAUGACUGGACCGAGUUGGGUGAUGACCCCCAGAGGAAGCGAGAUUUCCUUCAGCAUCUCCUUGCCGGCUCUCGGCCGGUUGCAGAGGAGCUGCGGGACCGAGCGCCUUUGGCCCCGGACCAGGUAAAAGAGAAGCUGAGGCAAUUCCGGGUGCUCAAGGCCCAGAUGGAUGCGGAGGCAGUUCAGGAGGAGGCAAUGAUUGACUUCGAUGUGUGACGGCUAC